AUGUCUGAGGGCGGCGAUAUUGAAGUCGAGAACACGGUUCUCUCCGAUGUUCUCCCCAAGGACGUUGUCAAGGAGGUCGGCAACAUCAAGCUCUUCAACAAGUGGGACUACGAUGUCGAGGUCCGCGACAUCUCCCUGACUGACUACGUUUCCCUGCGCAACCCCGUCUAUGUCACUCACUCCGCUGGCCGAUAUGCCGUCAAGCGAUUCCGGAAGGCCAACUGCCCCAUCAUUGAGCGACUGACAAAUUCGCUCAUGAUGCACGGCCGCAACAACGGCAAGAAGCUGAUGGCCGUCCGCAUCGUUGCCCACGCCUUCGAGAUUAUCCACCUCAUGACCGACCAGAACCCCAUCCAGGUUGCCGUUGACGCCAUUGUCAACUGCGGCCCCCGCGAAGACUCGACGCGAAUUGGCUCCGCCGGUACCGUCCGACGACAAGCCGUCGAUGUAUCUCCCCUGCGCCGGGUCAACCAGGCCAUUGCCCUGCUAACCACGGGCGCCCGCGAGGCCGCUUUCCGCAACGUCAAGUCCAUUGCCGAGUGCCUGGCCGAAGAGCUGAUCAACGCCGCCAAGGGUAGCAGCAACUCGUACGCCAUCAAGAAGAAGGACGAGCUGGAGCGUGUAGCCAAGAGCAACCGAUAA